GAGAUUGCCGAAGCGCCGCUCCGAGCCGCGGCCUGCGCCGCCGCGGCCUCGCCCGAUCGUGCCGCCCGCGUUGCCGCCCCCCAACCCGGCAGCCGCAGCUGGGAAAGGCCGCGGCUUGGGCCUACCUCCGGCCUCCUGAGCCGCCGCCUGUUCCUUUAACAACACCCGACGCAAGGGCUUGUGGUAGGAAGGGGGCCUCGUGACAUCACUCCCAGCCCAGCCAAUGAGCAUCCAGGAGGCCCUGCCGGCUGUGACCCCCCACCGAGGACCCCCGGAGCAGCAACACCUAGUCCAUGAGGCCUCCGCUCACAGGUGGUCGCCGCGGGGAUGGCUCCGGUCGUGGAGGUGUCGGACGCCGGGCACUGCCGGUCGCUGCUGGUGGAGCUGAACGAGCAACGGCUGCGGGGUCAGUUCUGCGACGUCACCAUCAUCGCCGAGGACACCAAAUUCCGCGCCCAUAAAAACGUCUUGGCCGCUUCCAGCCCCUUCUUCAAGCGGGCGUUGGCCGAGGAACCCACCUGCCCGAGCCCCGCCAGGGUCCUGGAGCUCCCCGGCGUCCAGGCCGGCGUCUUCUCCGACGUCCUCAACUUCAUCUACAACUCCCGCCUGGCCGUGCCCUCGCCGGCGGCCGCCCGGGAACUGGGCGCCGUCGGCCGCCGCUUGGGCAUCUCUUGCCUCCAAGGCUUGGAAAUGGGCACCCCGAAGGAAACGAAAGGCGCCUGGUCCCCGCCGGGAGACCCCCGCCCGCCCGCCGCCCCCGUCGACCUCACCCUCACCCGCCCCACGGCGGCGGCGGGGGCGGAAGCGUCGGCGUCGCGCUGCGGGUCGUGCGGGCGAGCCUUCGGGGCGGCGGCGGCGGCCUCGGGCCUCCACGCCAAGCUGCACCGCGGGCGCCGGGCCUCCGCCUGCCGCCGCUGCGGGAGGGCCUUCGUCCACGCCAAGCGCUUGCAGAGCCACGAGGCCGCCUGCAAGGACGGCCCCGAGGCCGCCGACAACCCCGAGAGCAACGCCGCGCCGGCGCCCAAGCAAGGCAAGAAGGCCUUGCUGUUGCGUCACCGGGCGCUGGAGUUGAUCCCGGAGCAGGAACCGGUGGUGAAGGUGGUGGACGGGCACGUGGUUUACCUCUGCGGCGUCUGCCAACGCUCCUACAUGACCCUCUCCAGCCUCAAGCGUCACGCCAACGUCCACUCGUGGCGCCGCAAGUACCCCUGCCGCUACUGCGACAAGGUCUUCGCCCUGGCCGAGUACCGCACCAAGCACGAGGUCUGGCACACCGGCGAGCGCCGGUACCAGUGCAUCUUCUGCUGGGAGACCUUCGUCACCUACUACAACCUCAAGACCCACCAGAAGGCCUUCCACGGCAUCAACCCGGGCCUCAUCUCCUCCGAGAAGACGCCCAACGGCGGCUACAAGCCCAAACUCAACGCCCUCAAGCUCUACCGCCUGUUGCCCAUGCGGGCGCACAAGCGACCCUACAAGACCUACAGCCAAGGCUUGGUGACCGACGGACUCCUCCUGCCCACGGGCAACCCCGCAGAGCCGGCGGCCGGCGGCGCCUUCCCGGCGCCCCGUCCCGAGCCGGCGUCCGUCAUCGCCUACGGGCGCCCGUCGGCGUCGGUCAUCGUCCACAGCGGGGCGGCGGCGGCGGCGGCGGCCUCCGUCAUCGCCUACAACGGGAGGGCGGGGGAGGCGGCGGUCCCGGCGCCGGCGGUCCCGGCGCCGGCGGUCCCGGCUCCGGCGGUCCCGGCGGCGCGGCCGAUGAAGAAGCAGGUGUUGCGGGAUUACAUCGAGGCGCAGCGAGCGGCCGGGGAAGCGCCGGUGGGCGACAGCGGGACGGCGCCCGCCACCCAACCGUCACCCGGCGCCGGCGGUCGCACCAUGACCUACGUGGCCAAACCGGCCUACGUGGGGGCGGCGGGAGAGAACCGGGCGGCGCCGCUGUGCCAAAUCACCGUCCGCAUCGGCGAGGAGGCCAUCGUCAAGCGGCGCAUCUCCGAGACGGACCUCCGCUUGGAGACAGCCGGCGCCGGUACCGCCGCCUCCCCGAGCGCCCACCGUCGCGCCGCCGCUGCCGCUGCCGCCGCCUGUUCGCGCCGGAGCGGUGACGACGACAGCGACGCCGAGGACCGCCUCUGGCGCCCGUAUUACACCUACAAACCCAAACGGAAGGCGACCGGCGGCGGCGCGACCGGCGGCGGCGGCACAACCGGCGGCGGCACAACCGGCGGUACAACCGGCGGCGUCAAGGCGAAGAAAUCCCGUUGGCGCCGCAAGCUGCGCUCGUCGCGGUGGUCGCCGGGUGACGGCGACGGGGGCGACGGUGACGCGCCGCCGGGGGAGGGUCACCGGCGCCGGGAUUGGCAACACCCGUGCCGGGUGUGCGGGAAAACGUUCACGGCUCUGAGGAAACUACGGAAACACCAACGGGGACACGAGGCCGGGGCCGGCGGGGGAACGGGGGUAGCUACAACCGGCCCGGCCACCCCCCGCGUGGGACGGCGGCCGUCGGUGCGCUUCGCCUGUAGCCGCUGCGCCAAGGUGUGCAAGACGGCGGCGGCGCUCAGCCGUCACGCCAAGCGGCAUCAGGCGGCGUCGCCGACUGUCAUCGCCUACACCCCGCCGGCGGUGAAGGAGGAAGGGGGAGGGGAAAAAGGGGGUGUCCCCCUUCCCCCGCCGCCGCCCCCGCCGCCGGGUGACAACAGCGCCGCCCCCCCCCCCGCCGCCGCCUGUUGCCGGCGCCGGGGGUGACGCGGCGCCGGGUGACGACGGGGCGUCACCGGGUCCCAGCGGGGGUUACCCGGUUCAGGAACAACCUUUGGCUCUACUGAGGCGGGGGGGGGACCCCGAAACCGGGGGAGGGGGAGGAGGGGGAGGGGGGCAAAGGGGGGCCCCCCCGCGACCCCCCCCCCGCGACCCCCGCGUUCCCCCUCCCCUACGGCCCCCGGCUGGUGGCCGCGUACCCCUACCCCUUCCCCCUCCCCCUGGCCCUCAACGUGGUGCUCCCCGAAAACGAGGGGUUUCGGGGGGGGGGAGCGGGGGGCGUCGUGUCCCCCCCCCCCCCCUCCGCACCCCCCACUUUUGGCUUCCCCGGAGGGGGAGGGGAGCGACCCCGGAAAGCCGGGGGGGGGACUUGAAAGGGGGAGGGGGGGGUGGGGGUGGGGUCCUGCCCCAUAGAGGGGGACGGGGGCCCCCGUAGCAUGUGGGGGGGGCGCCCCUAUAGGAGGUUUUGGGGGGGCCCCAUAGGAAAUGGGGGGCCCCUGCCCCAUAGGAGGUGUGGGGGGGGCCCCUAUAGGAGGUUUUGGGGGGGCUCCUGCCCCAUUGCCCCAUAGGAGGUGUGUGGGGGGCCCCUAUAGGAGGUUUGGGGGGGGCAAAGCAUGUGGGGGGGCCCCUAUAGGAGGUUUUGGGGGGCCCCAUAGGAGAUAAUAGGCCCCGCCCCAUAGGAGGUGGGGGGGCCCCAUAGGAAAUGGGGGGCCCCUGCCCCAUAGGAGGCGUGGGGGGGGCAGAGCAUGUGGGGGGGCCCCUAUAGGAAAUGGGGGGCCCCUGCCCCAUAGGAGGCGUGGGGGGGGCAGAGCAUGUGGGGAAGCCCCAUAGGAAAUGGGGGGGGCCCUGCCCCAUAGGAGGUGUGGGGGGGAAGAGCAUGGUGGGGGGGGGCCCUGUAGGAGGUUUGGGGGGGUCCCAUAGGAGAUGGGAGGCCCCUGCCCUAUAGAGGAAAGUGGGGGGGCCCUGGGAGGUGGUGGGGGGCCAUAUAGGAAAUGGAGGGGGCCCCCCAAGCGACUAGGGGGGCUCCAGCCCCAUAGGGGAAGUGGGGGGGGGGCCCUGCCCCAUAGAAGAAUUUGGGGGGGGGGCUUCUGCCCCAUAGGAGAUGGAGGGGGCCCCAUGGGCGAGGUUGGGGAUCCCCCUCCCCCCAUAGGGGACACUGGGGGGGGAUGUGGAGGGGGGAGGGGGGUACCCCCCCCAUUGGGACUUAGGGGGGGCUCUGGGGCCCCCCCCAAAACGCCAUGGGGUGGGGCUGGGGGUGCCAGGGAUCAGGGACCAGUAUAGGACUUGGGGGCACUGGGUAUACUGGGGGGGGGGGGAUUGGGGGGGGGGGUCUGGGGCUCCCCCAGUAUAGGCGACCCCCCCAGUACAGAGGGACCCCCCCCCAAUAUAGGGGACCCCCAAUAUACUGGGACGCCCCCAGUUUGGGGACCCCCCCCAGCAUAGGGGACCCCCAGUGUAAUGGGUCCCCCCCACUUUAGUGGGACCCCCCUGGAACCCCCCCAAAUAACGGGGACCCCCCCCAGUAGAGGGCCCCCCCCCCAAUAUCCAGGGGGGCCCCCCCCCCAUUUCUCCCCCCCACAGGUUUUUGCACCCCCAAACGCCCCCUCCCCCCACCCUAAUGGGGCCCCCCCCAAUAAAUCAGGGCCCCUCCCCCAAGAAACUGGGGGACCCCCCCACUAUCCCGGGGCCCCCCAACCCCCCCCCCACGGCCCCCCCCCCCCUUGGCACCUUACGGCAUCGCAGUGACAUUCCAGCGUGUCCCCCCCCGUGCAAGGGGCGUGCAAGGCCCCGCCCCCUUCCUCUGGGGCGGGGUGGGGGGGGUCCUCGUGCAAGGGGGAGGGGUCCUCGUGCGAAGGGGGGGUUCCUCGUGCGAGGGGAGGGGUCCUCGCGCGAGGCGGUGAGCGUGCAAAGGGGUGUCCUCGUGCAAAGGCCCGCCCUCGUGCGACGGCGCGAAAGACAAUCCUCGUGCAACGCACGACAGCGCAGGGCGGGUCCUCGUGCGCCGCACGGCCCCGCCCUGCCCCGCCCCCCCACCCCCCACCCCCCCCCCCGCACGCCCCAUCCCCGUGCGAGCCCGGCCCUCGUGCCUCGCACAAGCGUGCGCCGCCGGCACCGCCCUCCACGUGCCACGCCCCGUGCCACGCCCCGUCCCCUCCCCCCCGCCCCGCGCAAGGCCCCGCCCCCGCCCCGUGCAAGGCCCGCCUUUAUGCAAUGCACCCGCCCCCGUGCAAGGCCCAGCCUCGUGCAACGCACGCCCGCGCCAGGCCCACGCCCCCCCCCCCCCCCCACGCCCUCGUGCAAGGCCGCCCCUCCCCCCCCACGCUACGCCCAGCCGUGCGAGGCCGCUGCCCCUCCCCCGCCCCCGCCGCGCGUGCGCGGGACGGCCUCGUGCGAGGCCCCUCCCCCCCUCCUCGUGCGAGGGCCGCCCUGGCACGAGGCUCAGCUUUGCGUGGGGGUGGGCCUCGUGCACAGCCCGGCCUCGUGCAAGGCUCGUCCUCAUGCAAGGCUCGCCCUCGUGCAAGGCUCGCCCUCGUGCAAGGCCUGGCCUCGUGCAAGGCUCGUCCUCGUGCAAGGCUCGGCCUCGUGCAAGGCCCGGCCUCGUGCAAGGCUCGUCCUCGUGCAAGGCUCGCCCUCGUGCAAGGCCUGGCCUCGUGCAAGGCUCGCCCUCGUGCAAGGCUCGUCCUCGCGCAAGCCCAAUCCUCGUGCAAGCCCCGCCCCCGUGCGAGGCUCCGCCCACCCCGGCCGCGGCCCCCUCCCCCCACCCCCCGUUUGCACUUUCGUGGCCGCGUUUGCUACUGACUGUCCCCUCCCCCACCCGCCCCUCCCCCCGCGCCCCCGCGUCGCCCCGCCCCUCCCCCCCCGCGCCCCCCGCCCCUCCCCCCCCCCCGCCCCCGCCCCGCCCCGCCCGCACUUUAGGGGGGUGGACCCGCCCGGAGAACACAAAAACCACAAAAAAGAAGAAAAAAACACACAAAAAAAGGCAAAAUUGAGCAAAAAAGGGGAAAGUGGAAAAAAAAUAC